CCAUGUCCUACCACUGCUCCCCGAGGAACGGCUCGGCCCGGCCCCUGGCGGGAGCCUGCCCCGUGCCGGGCGUGCCGGGGGCCCCGGGCUCCACGCACGACGUGGACUGCCUGAGCGGCAUCUGCCUGCCCAGCUCCUUCCAGACGGGCUCCUGGCUGCUGGACCACUGCGCCCAGGAGCCGGGCUGCGAGCCCCCCGCCUGCCCCCCGGCCUCCCGCGUCGCCAGCCCCGGGCGGGCGGCCUGCUCGCGACAGACCGCCUGCGUGGCCAGCCCCUGCUCCGCCGCCUGCAGCCGGCCGCUCACCUUCGUGUCCAGCAGCUGCAAGCCCGCAGGCAGCCCUGCUGUGUGCCCGCCGGGCGGCGCCCCCCGGACCUACAAGCGGCCCUGCGUGUCCAGCUGCCGGAGGACCUGCUGA